AGAUUGCCAGGCUGGCAGCGCGACCAUCGGAGAUGCCCACGAUCCACGCACGCUCUCGACACGCACUGCACUGACGGUAACCGCCCUUGACAUUCUCCGUCAUGAGCUAUCGGUACAGACCUGCAAGGUGGCUAGCUUGGCUCGUCGCCUUUAGCGCGACGUCUAUAGCGCAAAAGACCGCUGGAUCGUGCAAUCCGUGGAUGUGCCUCAACGCAACGUUGAAGGAUAAUACGAUCGAGUAUGCUCUGACCAACCUCGAAGAACCGUUGGGAUGGAUGGCAGUCGGCUGGGGUGAUAGAAUGCCACAGACUCAUAUGGCUGUUGUCUGGCCAAACCCAGACGGCACCGUGACUCUUUCCCAGCGCUUUGCGCGAGGGCAUAUGGAGCCACGUCUGGAGGAUAGUCCACCACGAAUAGCGAGUAUGCCGGACUUAAAAUCAUCAUGGAUCGGGACGACAACGCUUUCUUUCACUGUUCCCCGGGAGCAAGAUGCUGAGCUCGAGAACUCCACCGCACCUCUGACCCCUGGCAUCAUCGCCUUCUCGCCCUUCCCUCCCGCGAGCGCGGACCCCGGCGCGCACAUUCUCGCGCAUACAGGAACAGGUCACGUACAUCUCAUUUUCAAAGAAGACGGCGAAGCCGCAGAAGAUGCCGAUGGGGACCUGGAUUCUAUUGAGGAUACUCCUGCGAAAGCCCACGUCGCCGACCGCGCCUCCACUAGCCGACUGCUCGUGCUACACGGCGCGCUCAUGACGCUCGCAUUCGGCAUACUCCUCCCUAUGGGCGCCCUCGUCGCCCGUCUGACUCGCACGUACACACGAAGCUGGAUCGUCGCGCACAAAGCACUACAAAUGUACGCUGGCGCUCCUGCGGUUGUCCUCGGCUUGACCGCUGCGAUUGGAGGCGUCGGCGGACGCGGCGCGCGGCAUGUUCACGAUUCGCAUCAGGCGGUCGGGGUGUUGCUGGUGACGCUCUAUGUCGUGCAGGUCGGGCUCGGAGUGUAUAUCCAUGGACGGCCGAAGGUGGUGGCGCAUCCGGUGCGGAAUAUUGCGCACGUUGCGCUUGGCUUGAGCGCGGUGGGGUUGGGACUAGCGCAGGUACGAAGUGGGUUGCACGAGUGGGACUCGCAUAUGCCCAAUAUGAUGGUCUCGGACUGGGCAUACCCGAUGCACGGAGCGUGGGCCGCGCUCUGCGUCCUGCUUUACGUCGUCGGCUUCUGCCUCCUCCCGCGCCAGUUCGCACAGGAGAGAGCGUCCAAGAGCGAAGGAGCGAUGGGGAAGGAGUACGUUCCACUUCAAACGGGACAGGUCGAGCGCGGCGACGGGCGGCCGAUCAUCGGGGACGCGAGAAACUCCAAAGUUACAAAUGAGCGCGGAGACGCAGUCAGCGACAACGAGGAGGUUCGAGUUCCUUUGCUACGAGGAGACUAGUAUGGCAGACCAUCCUUCGACGAUACUGGAGGGGAUGGAUUGAUCCCCUUAUAGAUUGGACGGCCUGCAGUCGUUGACGAUAGACAUUGAUAUGAAAUAUAAUUAUAACGGAGCACAGUAAAUAGUACGAACGAUUCGAAAUAUUGAAAGGAGGUAUGCUACAGAUGGUUAUGAUACGGG